GGCGCAAGUUUAUGUUAACCAAGCUGAUACAAGUGUUUUAAAAUACAUCGUUUUCUUUUAAAUUUUGCCGGUUUUCUUUGUGUUAUUGUUCAGUUCGGCGGCAAGAAUGAGUGAUUAUCAUUUUAGUUACACGGAAGUAAUCCCAGAUCAAACGAUAGUAGAAAAGUGGAGAGAAAUAACUCUUAAUACGGGUGGGCGACAAAGUACAUUGCAAGAUAUAAAGGUAGCGGAGAGAUCAAAUGGUUAUUGUUAUGCUGAUUCAACGAAAUCUUGCACAAGAAACCGUUUUAUUUAUUGGAGAAUAAGUCAUGAUGUCUUGGAAUUAACGGAACAAAGCUUAGACACAAACCUUUCCGACAAUUCAAUACGUUACAAAUUUGUUGAUACACCGAUUUUGGAUGGAAUAACAAUCCACGAAACUCACACGAACGUAAUAAUUUUAGUUCCAACAGUUUGUAGCGUUCAUCGUAUAAUAUUUCCUCAUCCAACAAAAUCGCGUCAGGGUGAUUAUUACGGGUUUCAUCCCGAUUUUGUUUUGCCAUCAAUUUUCGCUGAUGCAUCGGCUGCGCAGGCGAAAAAUCCUGCUUCAUUUCACAUUAUAACCAAUCCAAGUGGGGCUGGUUCUCAUUUACCACAUUGUUCAACAUCUUGGUAUUCGGCUGCUAAAAAUGAAGCCUACUUUCUUUUUGCUUAUCCAACCGGAGAAGUUCUUUUGAUUAAAUACAAUGAAUUUGGUGGUUGUGAAUGUAUUGAGUUAAAAUCUGAGUCGAUUGUUCCGAGGUUUUUGUAUGGUUUGGCAGAAAAAUUUAGAUCUCGCAGUAGUGAUGGAAAUGUUGUUGUUAGUAUGGUUUUGCAUACAAUCGGUCUUGAAACGUACGCUUUUACAUUAUCUAAAAGUGGUCAUCUCCGAGUGUGGUCUUGUAGCAAAGGACAAUGUAUUUCUGUUAGCGAUAUUUUAUCUGAAACUGUAUCAGGGCAAAAUCUUUCACAUGGAAGUCAAAAUCAUAUUUUAAGAAAAGCUGUUGGUGGUAAUGAAUUAGAAUUUAUUUUAGCGGUUGUACUUAAUUUCUCUCCAGAGUGUCAAUUUCACAUUAUGCAGCCAGAUAUUAGCGGAAAUCAAUUUAAACUUAUAAAAAUUAGUACAUUAUUUUCUCCAGGUGUUGACUUGGUAGAUUUUUCAUUAACAUCAUCUAGAAUUUGGUCUGUUUGGCGUGGAGAAGACGGCGAUUGCAGCGUUUACAGUGCUACACUUGCCACAAAUUCAGAUAAAGGUUCUCACUGGGUACCGAUUCCUCUAGAACCAAUCCCUGAUCCAAGUGAACUCAAAGCUGAUUCAAAUUUAGACCCAAAAGAAACUUACAUGCAAUAUAUUUUCCAUCCGGGAAGGUUCUCAUUAAAUAUUAUUUCUAAAGCACUUAGUAUUUAUACAAAAUCAUCAGUUAUAAGCGACAUCAGUUUAUCAGCUAAUAUUUUAAAGCAACAAGUUAAUAUUGCAGUUGAAAACGAUAUUCAACAAGAAUUACAACAAUCUGAAGUAACAGAUGAUGAUUAUUUAGAUUGUACCCAAUGGUGUUGGGCUCGAUUUUAUUCUUGUUGCAUUCAAUAUCACGUCACCGGAUUACGCCCAUUAGGAAUUUUAUUACUUCCCUCUGUAUCCGGAGCAAUUUUACUUAAAAAAUCAACUUAUUCCUUUUUAAGACCUUUGGACACCUUAGAACAUUUAUAUUUGUGUAACGAUUACAUAACAAGAAAUGAACUUGUGUUACAUCCACAAUUAGGAAUUUCUUAUGAAGAAACCGAUGAUUUAAUCGAAUUGAUUGGAGUUUUAAUUUAUUUAGAUCAACAAUUAAAUGAGUCAUUUAAACAAACAUUUGAGAACGAAUUGGGACAGUUAAGAGCACCGGAUGUUGUAAUGGAUGAUUUGAUUACUAAUGUUGUGGUUGAUUGUGAAGAAGAGUUUACUUAUUUGAUAAUUCAAAAACUUCAAAGUUGUCGUGAUAUAUACAACUCAAUGCAUAAACUUUUGGAAUUACUCACUGUUCAACAAUUAGUUAAUGAUAACGAUGAUAAAUCUUCCCCAAAACCUACUUCUAUUGAUCAUUUAUUUGCGUCUCAACUUGGAAUUAGUUUUGUUACUCAAUGUUUAAAACAACAAGCACAUGUUCGGUAUUCAAUUUGUCGCAAUUUAUUGGCUUUGCAGCAUAUAAUUCUUCAUCAUAACGAUGAAAACUUUACUUUCUUUGAAGGCGUCAGGUCGAUUUGUAUCCCUGAUACAGUUCUUUUAACAAGGAUUUAUUUUAAUAUUGUGUGGUUAACGGGUUUACCAAUACAAACAAAUGUUGCUCUUGAGCAAAGCUUACAAAAACUUGUAACUUUAAAACUCCCUCCCGUUUUCAAUUUAAAAUUAAACGUAAAUAAGUUGCUUAUGGACUUAUUUGUUGGUUCAACUGGAGGUUUUAACGCCCACAAACUUAUGUCCCAAAGAGAUGUCGACGAAGAAACAUUACCUUUUUGGAACUGUUCCCUUUUAUGUUAUUUAAAUCACUUAUUCCUCAUUUUGUGGCCAUUAAAUGGUAAUCCAACAUUUUCUGAGUGGUUACUCUCAAGUGGGCAACACGUAUGGUUGCAACAAUACGUAAGAUAUUUAAACAAUUGGUGUGACGCAAAAUCAUCACGUAAUUUUUUGUUGGCAGCAUCGUUUUUAACAUCAAGUGAACACCACAAAUCGUUCGAUUUAUUCGUAGAAGCCGUAAAAGGCAUCGAUUCGGAACAAUUCCUUCAAAGACAUAUCGCGAACGUCGCCAGAAACAACAACAACACCGCUAUUCGAUACUUCUUAAAAGUAAUCCAAUUAUUUGAAGCUUACGGUGCGAGAAAUUUCGCUAUUGAAUUAGCAAAUGUUGCUUUGUCAAUGGCAGAAACAAAAAAUCCUUUACGCGCAACUUUGUACUCGAUUCAGUUUAAACAUCAUUUGGCUUUAAAUCAUUAUGAGGAUGCCUACAAAGCUUUACAAUCGAAUCCAGACGAUGAUCGAAAAAAGGAUAACUUAAGAGAUUUGGUUAAAACGUUAUUGGAUAAGAAAGAGUUAGAUGUUUUGAUGUCGUUUACAUAUUGCAAUUUGGAAAAAUUAUUUUGUAGUAUUUUAUUUAUGAGAGCUAGAGCUGCUGAUGGCGUAAAUAAUAUUUAUUAUGAUUUUUUGUAUUCGUAUCAAAUGAAAAGGGGGAUACCUUAUUUAAGAUUAGCUGGUGCUGUAAUGUAUGAACAAGCAUUUAGAUUAAAUCAAUGGAAUUCAAUUGAGGCUCUAGAAAAACAAGUAAAGUGCUACUUAGCAGCUGUAAAUGCCUUAAGUUUAUGCGAAUCUAAACACGCGUGGGUUUUAACCCCUAUUGAACCAGAAUUACAAGAACAAACGGUGUUAAUCCCAUCAUUAGCAGGAUCUAAUACGCCGUAUAAAGAAUUAAAAUUAGUAAACCAACUUGAAGUGGUUAGUUUGUCUACAAUUAAAAAAGAAUUAGCUUUGGCGCUUGCCCGUUUAAGAUUAGGACGAAUUGAUAAAGAUUCAGUCGCAAAUUAUACAACUCCUCAAGAACUUGUUGUUAUGUUGGCGACUGUUGGAAUAUUUAAAUGCGCGCUGGAAUUGUGUCAAACUUACAAUUUGUCUUCUAAACCGGUUUUUGAAAUGUUAACCCAUCAAUGUAUUAAUUUGAUGGAAACUGAGGAUCAAGAAUCAUGGAAUUGGUUGACUGAAAAUGAUUUGCAUGAUUUACCCAUCAUUGGAAACACACCAUCAGAUGUAGCCUGGCAACUACUAAAAACAUUCCUCCACCAAUAUGAAGAAGACCACAUGACCACUAUCCAUAGAUUCAUUUGUGAAAAAAUUCUUAUUUUAGGAUGUUUUGUACCAAAUUGGCUGGAAAUUUCGUAUAAGUUAAGAAACCCAGCGGAAUUAAUAAAAUUGUAUUUCUUACGUGGAUAUUUAAUAGAAGCAACAAAUCUCACUUGUGAAUACAUUUUAGCUGUUUUAGACCGGGGAUAUGAGUACUUUGGUCUAGAAAUGGGCUUAGUUCCAGGUGCAAGGCCAUUUUGUUUUCCAGUAAGAAUCAUUGAACGUUUAUUACAUAGAUUGGAUAAAGAAAAUAAGAUUGAUGUAACAAAACCUUUACAAAAAGAACAUAAUAGACUCCAACAAUUGUAUUUUAAAUAUUUAGAAGUGUCUUCUCGUAUUUCAAACGAAACCACCAGGCUACAAUCUUUAAAUAUUUGAUUAUUUAAUUAAAAUAAAACAUAUUUCUAAAUGUUAAUUAUUUUAAUAUGAAUACUUUUACAUACAAUAAACUCUUAAGAUAA